AUGGAAGAUUUACCUUAUCAAUAGUAAAGCAUAAUCAGCAAGUUUUCUUUAGUUUUUAAGACAGAAAGAGAAGCCCAAAUUGUCGUAAACACUUUAUCUGUAGAUGAAGAGCCUUCAGGAAGAGUAACAAGAAAUUUUGCAGUAAUUGGCAAUAAAAUGACUGGAGAAUGGACAUGUGCCGACGCAAAGCUAUUGAGGACUUGCCUUCGGUCAUUUUUCGUAAAUCUUUCCCUUGUGGUCGAAACUCUGCAAAAAUUCAGCAAGCCUGAACAAUAA